AUGAGGGCGCCCAUCACGCUCAGAUAUGUUCUCGCCUCUUCCUUAUGCUUCAUCUACUUUGUGUACGCAAUUUGGAAUUGCGCCCGCGUGAUAAAAGGGUACAAGUUGGGGAAGAUUCCUUGGUAUGUGCCGGCAUGUGCUGGAGGCAUUUCAGCAUUGGGCUUGUUGAGCAUGUCGCUGCCUAACAAAGAAAAAGACUGGAUCAACUCCGUAUAUGCAACACAAAGUAUUGGCUUCUUGCUAACCAUUGAGCUCGUUGACAAGAUGAUAGACGAUUGGUUCUUUCACACACGCAUGACGCCAACCAAGCCCACCAGGCUGAAAAAAAUGCUGACACUGAUUCUUGCCUGCACACUGGUUGCGAUUUACGUGAAUCCAAGAAACAUCAUUAUACCAAUUGUACUGUGCAUGAGUUCAUUUUACUGCAGUGAGCGUUUGUCAGGGAGAAUUGGCAACUUGAUAAAUUCUAUGGAUUCACAAGAUUCUAGAACGCGCAGCAGCGCAUCUUCUUAUGCAGUUCGAGAUGCUCUAGAGACUAUGGCGCGCAUACUGGCCAACUUCACGACCUUGCUCAGUGCAUCCGCAGGUGCUUUUAUGGCCGUACAUGUACUAGCACUGCACAAGCCUAAGCUUGCGGAUCUCGACUUUCAAUAUUUGGGGUUCUUUUUGUCAAACUUCCUUGGUCCCAUUCCUAUCACGCAUGUCCUGAGCCUUUCAUCUACCCUUGGACACCUGGAGGCGCUGAGAAACUAUGCUUGA